AUGUUGCACCCCACUGAUAAUGGCCGCCGCUACGAGCUGACCAGCCCAACCGCGAUGCCGGUGGCUGGGGGGUUCCUCUGGAACCGGAGGAUGAUGAUACAGGCAACCUGCCGCGGGUACGCAACCGCGCAGUUCAUGCAGCCCGAGCCGGCCAAAUACUCCCAUUCGCCCAACAUCGAGGCCAAGACGUUCAUGCAGCCCGAGCAGAACUACUACGCCCACCACCCCGGCCGGUUCGUCUACGUCAAGGACGAGGAGACCAAUGAGAUAUUCUCCGCCCCCUACGAGCCUGUCCGCGCCAAACUCGACAGCUUCAGCUUCUCCCAGGGCCAGAGCGACAUCACGUGGACUGUGGAAUGCCUCGGGAUCCGUGUACUUAUGAAACUGAGCCUCCCAACCGACGAUGUGGCUGAGCUGUGGACUGUCAAGGUGACCAACCUGUCUGGUCGGGAGAGGAAAAUCAGUGUUUACCCGUACUUUGUUGUUGGCUACAAAUCAUGGAUGAACCAAUCGGCUGUUUACCGAGAAGAUCUUGUUGGUGUGGUCGCCAGCUGCAUUGCUCCCUACCAGAAGGUGGAGGAUUAUCCCAAGCAAAAGUACUUCAAGGACAAGACCUUUUUCCUCUGCGAGAAGCCGCCAGUGUCUUGGGAAACUCGACAACAGUCGCUCGAGGGCGAGGGUGGGUUGCACGCCCCAUCAGCGAUACUUGAAAGGGAUGAGCUGAGUGGCAGUGACGCCAUCUACGAGACGCCGGCCGCUGCAGUCCAGUACCGGGAAACCCUGGCCGCGUCAGAGGAACGCGAAUACCGAUUCCUUUUCGGCCCAGCCUUUGAUGAUGCUGAAAUUAAAGGGAUAAAGGAGAAAUAUCUCUCUGCAAAGGCUUUUGAGACAACGGCCCAGGAGUACGCGGCAUACGUCGCCAGCGGGUCUGGUGUUCUGCAAAUAGAGACACCAGACAAGGACCUGGAUAACUUUAUCAACAACUGGAUUGCCCGGCAGACCUUCUAUCACGGGGACGUCAACCGAUUGUCCACGGACCCCCAAACUAGGAACUAUCUGCAGGACAACAUGGGCAUGUCGUACAUCCGGCCUGCCACGGCACGGGAUGCGUUCAUCACUGCACUGAAGCAGCAGGAGCCCAACGGCUCCAUGCCAGACGGGAUCAUCCUGAUCGAGGGAGGAACACUCAAGUACAUCAACCAGAUCCCGCAUACCGACCACUGCGUCUGGCUUCCGGUGGCUCUAGAGACUUACCUCGCCGAGACAGGCGACUACGACCUUCUCCAGGAGAGCUUGACCAGCAAGCACGGCGACACCUACACCAUUUUCGACCGCUUCAGCCGCGCCGUGGACUGGCUGCUGGGUGCCAAGGACGAGUACGGGAUCAGCUACCUCGCGCAGGGCGACUGGUGCGACCCGCUCAACAUGGCCGGAUACAAGGGCAAGGGAGUCUCCGGCUGGCUGACCGUCGCCACUGCGUUCGCCGCGAAGCUGUGGGCGGACGUCUGCGAGCAGGUAGGGAACAAGGAAGCAGCAGAGCACUUCAGGGCGGGGGCCAAGGAGUUCAACGAUGCGGCGAACAAGCACCUCUGGGAGGGUGACUGGUACCUCCGCGGCAUCACCGACGACGGUGUGCUCUUUGGUGUCUCUUCGGACGUCGAGGGGCGCAUCUGGCUCAACCCGCAAGCCUGGGCCAUUCUCAGCGGUGCGGCAUCGCCAGAGCGGACAGCCAAGAUCCUGAAGGAGGUUGAGGAGCAGCUGGAGACGCCGUACGGAGCCGCCAUGUUCGCACCGCCCUACACGAAGAUGCGCGAGGAUAUUGGACGAGUAACCCAGAAGUUCCCCGGGUCCGCCGAGAAUGGGUCGGUGUACAAUCAUGCCAGUGCCUUCUACAUCCACAGUCUGUACAGCAUUGGGGAGAGCGAUCGGGCGUACCGGCUGCUCCGAAAGAUGAUCCCAGGCCCGACGGAGGAGGACUAUCUACAGAGAGGGCAGAUGCCAGUGUUCAUCCCCAACUAUUACCGGGGCGCGUACCACCAGUAUCCUCGCACGGCUGGCCGGUCGAGCCAGCUGUUCAACACGGGCACGAUUCCUUGGGUCUACCGAAGCUUCAUUGAAGGGCUGUGCGGCCUCAGAGGCGACGCCGAGGGCUUGCGUGUGAAUCCACAACUGCCAUCGCAUUGGGACGGCAUCAAGGCUACACGGGUGUUCCGCGGUGCCACGUUCAACGUGGACAUCCAGCGUGCAGACGUCGAGUCCGUGACUGUUUCCAUAGAUGGUGCUACUCUUCCAGAACCUCGGGUGACCGGAAUCAGAGAGUGUGCGACAUAUCAACUGUCAGUGUCCGUCCCUCUCAAAAGCGCCGCUUGA